AGGUAGUCAUGUACAAAUGUUUGUAUACGACGUAGAUAGAACUAGUGGAAGGCAGUGCAACUUCUUUACCUAAUAUGAUCAUACUCACAUAUCGAAACUGUCAAACCUUAAAACCGCACGAAAUCAUUCUUCUUACUUAUAGUUUUUUUUUAAUUAUCGUACCUUUUUGCUUAAUACCCGAUGCCAAACACCAAGACUUGAACGUAUUAAUUUACACAGACUUUCAACAGUGCAGAGAUUUCUUGUUUGUUUUAACUCAUGCGGAGCCACCCAAAAUUCAUCACGUCGUCUCCCACUCUCUCCACCCUUUCAUUUUCUACCAUGUUGAUCAUUCAAACCAAUUCAUCCUGAUUAAUACUUCUCAUUUCCUGUGGUUUUUUUUGGGUCACUUUCAUCAUUAAUUUGGAUCAUCGAAAUCAGAGACAACUAGGCCAAAUUUAAGUCUAUAUAUCAUGUCCACAUCCGGCUAUGAUUCCUUCUCUACGGCCAGUGAUCUUCCCUUUUUGGGUCCUAGACAAUCUAUGGAGCUCCAAGAAUACUCCCGGAGGCCAGCACACAGCCUGUCCGUCACGCUCGGGGAGCUUCUCCGGCGAGUCGGCGACUCAGCCAGUGAUGCCGGCGCCAAAACUCCUGAUCACCAGGUUCUUCCACUUGAUGACCCGUUUUUGAACCCGAAUCCUUACCCUUUUGUUCUCUCUUUCCGCAAUCUCACUUACAGUGUCAAAGUCCCUCGCAAAUUCCCUGUGCCUAAGUUCCUCCAGCGGACUAACUCCUUUGUCCCUCCACCGGAUGACACUAUUGACGCCAGCACUAACACCAAGAUGUUGCUGAACGACAUAACCGGAGAAGCUCGCGAAGGCGAGGUUCUGGCGGUUCUUGGAGCCAGUGGUUCCGGAAAGUCCACGCUUAUCGAUGCGCUGGCGGAUCGGAUCACCCGAGAAAGCCUCCGAGGGACUGUCACUUUGAACGGUGAGAUUCUGGAGUCAAGGCUGAUAAAAGUGAUAUCAGCUUAUGUGAUGCAAGAUGACCUCCUGUUUCCCAUGUUAACCGUGGAGGAAACGCUCAUGUUCUCAGCUGAGUUCCGGCUACCGAGAUCUCUGUCAAAAUCAAGGAAGAAAGCCCGAGUUCAAGCCCUGAUUGAUCAAUUGGGCUUAAGAAAUGCAGCCAAGACUAUAAUCGGAGAUGAAGGCCACAGGGGAGUUUCGGGUGGGGAGCGGCGUCGUGUUUCGAUUGGAAUCGACAUCAUUCACGAUCCCAUUUUACUGUUUCUGGAUGAGCCCACUUCGGGGCUCGAUUCCACCAGCGCGUACAUGGUGGUCAACGUCCUGCAGAGGAUUGCCAGGAGUGGGAGUAUUGUGAUUAUGUCCAUUCAUCAGCCCAGUUACAGAAUCCUGAGCCUGCUGGACCGCCUGAUUUUCCUGUCACGCGGGCAGAUGGUGUUCAACGGCACUCCCGAAAGCCUUCCCCGAUUCUUUGCUGAAUUGGGUCAUCCAAUUCCACCAAACGAAGACAGAACAGAGUUUGUCCUGGAUCUGAUUCGAGAGCGAGAAGGAACGCCCGGUGGAACCGCCAGUUUGGUCGAAUUCAACAAAUCAUGGCAGAAGAAGGAAAACAGCAUUCGUGAUAGCGACAUCAGUAAUGGCAACGGCACAACAACUCCGUCGCUUCAGGAUGCAAUAAGUUCGAGCAUUUCCAGGGGAAAAUUGGUUUCAGGGGCAACAAGUGCAAACUUCAAUCUCUCAGAUGUCCCGCGAUUCGCAAACCCGUUUUGGAUCGAAAUGAUAGUCAUCGCCAAACGAUCAAUCAUGAACUCUUUAAGAGCUCCUGAAUUGUUCGGAGUUCGACUAGGGGCAGUCAUCUUAACCGGUGUGAUUCUGGCCACAAUGUUCAGGAAGAUGGAAAAUUCCCCAAAGGGCAUCCAAGAAAGGCUGGGAUUCUUCGCCUUUGCAAUGUCCACAACAUUUUACACCUGUGCAGAAGCCAUCCCAGUCUUCCUCCAACAGCGUUACAUCUUCAUGAGAGAAACCGCCUACAACGCAUAUCGUCGAUCAUCUUAUGUGCUUUCUCACUCCAUCCUCACAAUUCCUUCCAUCCUUACACUCUCCAUCGUUUUCGCUUGUAUAACCUUCUUCCCGGUUGGAUUAGCCGGAGGCUUUUCCGGGUUCAUGUUCUAUUUCCUCUUCACCGUCGUCUCAUUCUGGGCCGGAAGUUCCUUCGUGACGUUUCUCUCCGGGAUCAUAUACAACGUCAUGAUGGGAUACACAAUCGUGGUGGCAUUCUUGGCUUAUUUCGUGCUAUUCAGCGGCUUAUUCAUCAGCCGGGAUCGGAUUCCGUCGUACUGGCUUUGGUUCCAUUAUAUGUCUCUCGUGAAGUAUCCGUACCAGGGUGUGAUGCAGAACGAAUUCGGUGACCCGAAUCGUUGUUUCGCAAAAGGAAUUCAGAUUUUCGAUGCGUCGCCGUUGAGGGCCGUUCCUGAUUCGCUGAAACUCAAGCUGUUGAAAUCCAUGAGCGAAACAUUGCACUUCAACAUCACGAGCACGACUUGUUUGACGACGUCGUCUGAUAUACUGAAACAGACUGGGGUCACUGAUCUGGAUAAAUGGCAUAGCCUUUGGAUCACCAUUGCUUGGGGUUUCUUCUUCAGGGUUCUGUUUUAUUUCACCUUGUUAAUUGGAAGCAAGAAUAAAAGACGAUGAAGAAGGGAGGAAUCGGUGGCUAAAAAAUCAGAGGAAACAAUUCCAUAGCAUAUUGCAAGAUUAUUUUGCAACUUUUUUUUUUGUUUGUUUUUUUUUUUCCCCUUUUCUUUUAUGGCUAAAAAUGUAUCCAUAGGCAAUUAUGUGGCAAUAUUUGUUUGAAUUGAGCGCAUGGUAGAAUGCUAAUCACAAAAGAGAGUGUAAGUUUUAACGUUCCAUUUUAAGAAAGGCUUGAAAAAUUAAUGUACCAGAGUAGCAUAUGACACACAGCCUUUUUGAGAAUUGAAAAAAAUAAAAUUAUGUUUACGGUAAACAGUAUCUCCAUUCAUCCAUGGGGAAAAAAGAUUUGUAUGCUUAUUACAGUAGGGCAGAUAUGAAUGGUUUUCAGGAUGAAUGGAGUGUUAAUUUAGACAAUUAAAAACUUAUUUUAUGUUUACAAGCAACGUUCUCAUAGAUCUAAUUGGACUAAAAUUAUCCAACAUAUAGACACAACUGCCUUUCAAGUUGGUGAAC